CCAUGCGGUCCUUACUUCUCCUCAUGUUGGUUACCAUCGUUGUGGUGAGCUUCUCCGACGCGGGUUGGUUCGCGAAAUCGAAGAAAACAGCAGAAUGCAGACGCAGUUGUAUUCGCCAAUGUAACGAUGCCGACGACGAUCAAGACAAUGACAAUCAGCGACCACAGACCAACGGUGGAAACGAUGGGAAGAAGUGCAGAGGUUGGUUAUCAAAUCGCAAAUGCCGUGACAAGCAAGAUACGGAUGUUGAGGAGCAACAGCCAGCAGAGAUUGAGGAAACCGGAGAAGAGGACGAGAACUGCAAAGGUUGGAUCAAAACCAUGUUUAAAAAGGAAUGCAGACGCAACAACGCCGAAGACAAGAAAGGUGGUGGUAAGAAAAAAGUGUAA